AAACAACAAACUGACAAGUCGCCAUCUUUGCUUGUAUCGAGUUAGUAGGGCAAAAUAUGAACCGCAUUUUGAUGGUUUCUCUUAUUUUUCCUCACCCACAGAGACCUGUUUAUGAAAGUUUGCUGUAUAGGUUGUGCAAAUAGAACGUUUACAGAAGAUCAGUUGCUGUAAAGUCUCUAAUUUUGGACAAAUAGCAGCUAGAAGACAGAGGAGUUUGGUGUUAGUGGUCAUCAUGGGCCGCUCAAGGAGCCGAAGCUCGUCCAGGUCCAAACACUCAAAAAGCAGCAAACACGGUAAGAAACGGAGCCGAUCUCGCUCGCAUUCAAGAGACCGUGAGAGGUCCAAAAAGCGCUCCAAGUCCCGGGAAGCGAAAAGAAGUCGGCGCCGAGAUUCCCGCUCGCGUUCCCGAUCAACCACAGCCUCGUCUCGCAGGGACAGAGCAGCCUCUCCGCCGGAGCGCAUCGACAUCUUUGGCAGGACACUGAGCAAGAGAAAUGCUUUGGACGAGAAACAGAGAAAGGAAGAGGAGGAGAGGAAGGCCGAGAUGGAGAGACAAAGGAAAAUCCGGCAGCAGGAGAUAGAGGAGAAGCUGAUUGAGGAGGAGACGGCUCGGCGGGUGGAGGAGCUGGUGGCCAAGCGGGUGGAGGAGGAGUUGGAGAAGCGUAAGGAUGAGAUUGAGCGUGAGGUUCUGCGGCGUGUUGAGGAGGCGAAGCGCAUCAUGGAGCGGCAACUGCUGGAGGAGCUGGAGAGGCAACGGCAGGCGGAGCUGGCAGCGCAGAAGGCCAGAGAGGAGGAAGAAAAAUCCAAACGGGAGGAACUGGAAAAAAUCCUGGAGGAGAAUAAUCGCAAGAUCGCUGAAGCUCAGGCCAAACUGGCUGAGGAGCAGUUGCGUAUCGUGGAAGAGCAGAGGAAGAUCCAUGAGGAGCGCAUGAAGCUGGAGCAGGACCGUCAGAGGCAGCAGAAGGAGGAGCAGAAAAUCAUCCUGGGAAAGGGAAAGUCCAGACCCAAGCUCUCCUUUUCCCUAAAGGCUGCUGAAUAAGACUGCUCCCCCUUCAUGUCAUGCCCUGCCUUCAUCCAGCGCUCCUCAUAACCCAAGUCCUUGUUGUUCUCUUUGGAGUGAUCGCUUCAUUUUGGAAGUGCUAAAGGAGACCAUGGGAAAAAGGCUGAACUCCCUGUGUUAACCUGCUCAUCCCUGUGGAGGUCCGUCUGGUCUGACAAAGGAAGGAACUUUUAACCUUGAGGAACUUGAAUGCUCCCACCAAUCCUCCUUCCACACUCUGGUUUUUGUUUUUUAAUUUUAGUGAACUUAGAAAGGAUAACAUGUUUGUUGGCCGUAAGUCUUAACUCUGUAACACUGAGCAGCAGCGCGCCUGCUGUCUUCAGAUGUCCUUAUGCAGACAGGACUCUGCAGCCUGGGAGUCGGCCGCUGGUUUUCCUGCUCUCUAAAAGCGGCCCACAGUGGGAAUGAAUAACAGCAGAGCCUUGGAAAGCACAGUUAAGUCCCAAUCAGCUGACAGGUUUGUGUCAACCACAUUCCUCACAUCCUCCAGUCAUAUCCUGUGUUUCCCAAAAAGUCUCCGACUCCUCUUCCCGCUGCUUCCCACUGUCAGUCAUGUGUGAGAAUGUUUCAUGUUUCCUUAAAGGAAAUGGCUCACACUGGAACAGGUGAACUUGGCCUCGACUCCCAGGCUGCCUGAUUGAACCACACCUACAGCAGGACGUGUGAUGAAGGGGAUUGUGGGUAAUGGAGGAGAGAAGACUGUUUCUGUAUAAUGAAAUGUUAAGAGUUCAGAUUUCCUUCUGAUUAUUCACAAUAGAGAAGUCUGAGUAGUGACUUGAGCUGUUUGUCUCCCACUCUUGACAUCACGUCCAUGUCCUGUCCCUCAUCUGUCCCUCAUCUGUCCCUGUCAUGUUGUAAAUUCACUUGGUAAAGGCUCCAUUCAUAGAGGAUGCACAAGUUCAGGUAAGACAAGGUUUGGGGUCAGUAUGUGCGUGUGUGUGUGUGCUUGUGUGUGUGUGUUGGUAUGCAUGUGACAGACUGACCUCAGGUGGGUAUAAUACAUUUAUUUAGUGGAAUCUUGAAUGCGUCAUGUGCUUUUUUUUUUUUUUUUUUUUUUUUUUUUUUUUUUUGUCCUCAAAUGUCAACAGAUCAAUAAAUCCAUUGAAUGCCUGAA